AUUUUUUUGUGUCUCUUUGCGUUCAUUUUAUUUUACUCACUCAGACACGUUAGAGGGAAAAACCGUGUCGUAGGUUAUGGCGAUGAAACUCAAGUAUGUGUCUUCCAUUGCGGAGGAUCUCAUCCGUAGAUGUGCACAGAAAUUGGAUACUUCGGUAGAGAGUUUGGUGGAAGAUUUUGAAGGAGGAUGGAAGCCUGAAAUGGGAGACUACUGCAAAAACUUGAUUGAAUUUUGCAGUGGGAAGGCUGUGAAUGAAAUGUGCCACAACAUACAGGAAAACCUAUAUGAUGGCUCAUUUAGCAGGUUGACAUAUGACAUGAUGCUUGCCUGGGAGAGACCUAGUUACUUCGAUGAAGAGCUUCCGGAGCCUACAGCCAAGGAGAAAGAAGAAAAGAAGAUAACUAAGAAAACCACUGAAGAACAGGAUGAUAUCCCUCUCUUCUAUUCAGACAUCAUGCCCCUCCUUGUUAAUGAUGAACCCAAUGUUGGAGAAGAUGCAUUUGUGUGGUUAGGAUCAUUAGUACCAUUAGUUGCAGAUGUAGCAAGUGGAAGGUUCACUUUUGAAACUCUAACAGCAUCGACAGGCUACAGGCUGCAUUUUCCAGCAUACGACAAGUUCUUGAAAGAAAUGGACAAGUGCAUACGGCGUUUGAAGAAACAGGCAAAACCAAAUGGGGUGGAACUGGCUGAGGAUGAAUAUAUAUUACAUGUAGAUGGAACAGUGGUGAGUCAGAGAGUAGUUCGCCACAUUGGAACAACAAGUUGGCCUGGUAGGCUUACCCUGACCAAUUACUGUCUUUACUUUGAGGCUUCUGGAGUAAUCAAAUAUGAAGAUGCUCUCAAGAUAGAACUCUUCAAGAAUGUUCAGCAGAGUGUUAAUUCUGGUGCCACAGGUCCCUGGGGUGCUCAACUUUAUGACAAAGCCAUAGUCUAUGAAUCAGCUGAUUUAUCAGAGACAGUUGUACUGGAGUUUCCAGAGCUUACAAGUUCUACAAGACGUGAUCAUUGGCUUGCUCUAGUAAGGGAAAUAAUGUUUCUCCACAGCUUUUUAUCGAAGUACCAGAUAAAAAACCCAGUACAGACGUGGGAGAUGCAUGCAAGGACAAUGUUGGGAAUCAUAAGGCUGCAUGCAGCAAGAGAAAUGCUAAGAAUAUCACCUCCUGUCCCAACAAAAUUCUUAAUAUUUUCCCUAUAUAAUGAGAUACCAAAAGGAGAUUUUGUGCUGGAAGAGCUCGCAGAUAGCCUCAAGAAAAACAACUAUAGCCAAUCUAGUAGUGCAAGUUCUAUCCUAAGCAGUAUGAACAUUUCUAAGACAAUAGUUUCUGAUGUAAUAACAGAUGAGGCAACUCAUGCAGAUGAAAGUGUUUACGAAGUUGACGGAGAACCCUCAUUGGAGACUGCUAUCCAACAAGCUAGGGAGGAAGAAAGGGAAAUUCUCAUUGCUAAAGCUACCACCGAAGAAUUAAAGGAGGAAGGAGUUAUUGACAGUGUUUUGGUUAUAACGGAACUAUUGAAGCCACUCAAAAUUGUGGUCCCUUGGUGUCGACAAAUCUUCUCAUGGGAAAGGCCAUUAUUAACUCUUGCUGUUCUUGCUGCAUCCCUUGUUAUCACCUAUAUGGAAUGGGUUGGCAAGGCAUUUGCAGUUCUAUUGAUUUGGGCAAUAAGAAAGAUGCUUGAGGCAAGACGAAACAAGAUUUAUGAGAAACGCACGGAGAUAGUAGUCAGUAGAUCUAAUAUGUCUUCUGAUCAGUCUACAAUGGAGAGCAUUGUCUCAGCCCAGCAAGGAUUGUACACUGUUCAUGAGAUGAUGCAGAUAGCAAACAUAGCAAUGCUAAAGAUAUGGUCGAUACUUAUUUCAAAGGCUGAUAAGCAUGCAAAUUUAGUGAUGGUGGCUAUGGGUGUGUUGGCGAUGUUAUUGGCAGUGAUUCCAUUCAAAUUCUUCCUUAUGGGUCUGAUUAUCCAAAGCUUCACCAUGACAUUAGGAAAAUCCUCUGAAACAGGGAAUAGAAGGUUGAGGGAAUGGUGGGAUUCAAUACCAAUCAUUCCUAUUCGAGUAGUAGACGAUGUUCCUGACACUGGUCACGACAACCUUGCUUAUUAGAUUCUCUAGUAUAUGAGUUUACAUUGUGUAGCCUUUGUUCUGCAACUGCAACACCCUUUUUACGAGGGAACUGCUUAGUGUACAUAGCAAUACAAAAAGACUCAAAAAGCAAAAUAAAUGUGUUUGAAUGUCCGCACGACAUGUUUAUCAUGUAAUAUUUAAAUAAUAUAAACUACAAUCAAUUACUAAA